AUGGCAGCGACACUGCCUUCUGGAAACCAAAGAAUGACUCGCGGAGGACGCGCAUGGAGUGAACAGGAGGAUGCAUUCCUCAUGCAGACUCGUGAAAACAAGAUGCCGUACAAGCAGAUUGCCCAUCAGCUCAAGAAGACAGAGCUGGCUUGUCGGCUGCAUUUUCACCAGCUAGUCCGCAACAGUGCCCGUGGCCGUCGAAACCGCGGAUCAGUGUCUUCCAUGUCAGAUCUGUCGCCUGAAAUGGAUGCCGCGGCCUCUGCUUCGACGUUCCGCAGAAGACGGGCACCUCACCGAAGAGCUGAUAGUGAAAGCUCAAUGUCUACCACGUCCAGCCGCGAAUACUACCUUCCACGGAUCACAGAGUCCAGUGCCGACUCUGCCAGACAGCACAUCAUCCUGCCGAGACCCGCGGCCAUGCCUGAUGACACUGCGUACACCAGCCGAGCGUCUUGGCGGCCUCACAGCGUGGCCGAGGAGUUUGCACCACUUCAUGAUCAGCAUUACCAGCACUACCACCACAGAACGCCGUCUCUGCCACCGCAACGAGAGAUGAUGCCUCUCCCCCUGCCGUCGACUGCGGCUGAAAUGCCGGCGCACGUCGACCUCCCGCGUCUCCAUGCCAUCUACGACGCUCACCGUGGCGCCUUUUGGAACCACAUUGCGAGCGAGUACGGCUACAACACGCCGCCGGAGAUGUUGGAGGAUGCGUGGAAAGCUGGUGUGUAUGGCGGCGUGCAUCAGUAUCCUUGUCCUUCGUUUAAUCGGCCCAUGACGCCUGUGAGCAGCCCUGAGGCCGAGAGGAGGCAUCAUGGCGUGGACAGGACGAGGAUUUCGUCGAUUAUAUCUGGGGAUGAUGAUGCUGAUAGACGGUAA